AUGCCUAGCUCGGCGCUGCUCGGGGCGUCGGAUCCCCAGAGCUCGGCGAGGACGUCCACAAGGGGCAGAGUUGAUAAUCAAGAAGGCGUUGCUAAUUUUGAUGACAUAUUUGCAAAUUCAUAUGCUUGCAUGGUUUCCCUAGGUGAUAUGGAGACGGAGAUCCCUAUUGCGAAGAUAUUAUACACUCAAAAGGUCACGAUCUUGAAACGCAAUCAACAUGAAAAGCCUGUAGUCACUGCAAUCCAACUGCUAGAGUUGAUUAAAUCUCCCAAGUCUGCACGGGCAGAAGCAACUGAUCUCGCCAAUGUUGUCCUAGACGGAACUGACCGCGUGAUGCUUAGUGAUGAGAAUGCAACAACGGCGUAUACAGAAUUAGCAGUAGAUACAAUGUAUAGCAUCUGCUUGAUGGCAGAUCACGGUCUCCUCACCGUCUCCGGCGAGCGUGUGGUAUCUGGCCUCGUCCAGCGCCUCGGCUCGCUGGAUUUCGUCAACGACAACGCCUGCUGCUUCGCCAACUGCGGUCGCUUCCCCAAGAACGGCCGCAUCAUCGAGUUCGGCUCGCACCGCGUCUACCUUGGCACCGUGCCGGAGCCCUGGUACCCAUCGACGGUGCUAGUGGCGCCGGACCCACCAAGAUCUGCAGCUGCCCGUGGCUCGCGCUUCGACCGCGCCGCCGGCAGCGUCGAGGUGAUGAUGGCCGGCGCAGGAGGUGCUGGCAAAGGAGCUGCUGGAGAAGAAGCUGGGCGCACCAAGUCCGGGCGCCAGGCAAAGCCUCCGACCGAGCGGGACAAGAACAUGCUGAAGGUGUAA